AUGAAGGUUGUUCUCUGCGGCGGUGGCAAUGCCAUUCAUGUUCUGUCUGCCUAUGUUUCUUCCAAAGAUGAGAUUGAUGAAGUGUGUGUGUUGUCUCUGUUUCCCGGAGAAGCCGAGCGUUUGCGCAAUGCCAUUCCGGAAAAGGGAAUUCAGUGCAUCAAUGAUUUGGGAGACGAUGUCUUUGGAAAACCCUCCAUUGUCUCGGACGAUCCUGCCGAAGUGAUUCCAGGAGCCGAUGUCGUCAUCUUUGCCCUUCCUUCCUUUACACACGAAAUGUACCUCAAGGCACUCAAGCCCCACUUGAAGAGAGGCGUCACCUUGGGAUCCAUGCCUGGUGAAGGAGGAUUUGAUCUUUGUGCCAUUCACAAUCUGGGUGGAGACUUUGUCAAGGCGUCCAAUUUAUUUGCGCUAGAGACUUUGCCUUGGGCUUGUCGGAUCAAGGAGUACGGCACAUCCGUUGAAGUUCUUGGAACCAAAAAGGAAAUUGACAUUGUCGUCUCUCCCAAGGACGGCUCCACUGUGAACGAAGUCUUGGGAUUGCUGCAACGAUUGAUUGGCAAAGAACCCAUCUUGAAGCCCGCUUGCAACUUUCUCGCGGUCACUCUCAUGAACAUCAACUCGGUAUGGCAUCCCACCAUCUCGUACGGAUUCUUCCGUAAUCACGACAUUACCAAGCCAUUCGAUGAACCACCACCCUUUUACGAAGGUGCCGACGAGUACACGGGCGAAAUGCUUGCCAAGGUCAGCGACGAAGUUUUGGAAGUCAAGCGCGUCUUGCUCGAAAAGUACCCCGGCUUGGAUUUGUCUUCACUCACACAUGUUCGAGACUGGAUGCUCCGAUCCUACGGGGAUGAUAUUGGUGACAAGACCAACAUUUACACCAUGCUGCACUCCAACAAGGGAUACCGUGGACUCUCGCAUCCCAUGUCGGAAGUGGACACACCGGAAGGCAAGAAAUACGUGCCCAACUUUAGGUACCGUUACUACACGGAAGAUAUCCCCAUGGGAUUGGUCGUCACCAAGGGCAUUGCCGAGCUCGCCGGAGUACCCACACCCAAUAUGGAUGAAGUCAUUGUCUGGUGUCAAGAAAUGAUCAAGAAGGAAUAUGUCGUCGAUGGAAAACUCUCUGGAAAGGAUGUCGACUCCUCUCGAGCUCCACAGCACUAUGGAUUCACCGAUUUGGAUACUUUUAUGAAGCAGAAUCGUUACAUCUAA